UCCCGGUGCAGGUCAAUGGCCGCUCGAGCGGAGCCGAGACUGCGCACGCGCAGCGGCCCGGUCCUCCCAACUCCGGCCGGCGCGGCCAGUGCGCACGCGCAGCGGCCCGGUCCUCCCAACUCCGGCCGGCGCGGCCAGCGCGCAGGCGCAGGAGCGCGGUCCUCCGAUCCGGCGGGUUGGCGGGGUGCGCAUGCGCCCAGCAGCCCCCCCUCCCGUCGAGCACGCCGAGGAAUCGCCGAGAAGGAAGGCGGGCGGCCCGGUCCUCCCAACUCCGGCCGGCGCGGCCAGUGCGCACGCGCAGCGGCCCGGUCCUCCCAACUCCGGCCGGCGCGGCCAGCGCGCAGGCGCAGGAGCGCGGUCCUCCGAUCCGGCGGGUUGGCGGGGUGCGCAUGCGCCCAGCAGCCCCCCCUCCCGUCGAGCGCGCCGAGGAAUCGCCGAGAAGGAAGGCGGGCGGCCCGGUCCUCCCAACUCCGGCCGGCGCGGCCAGUGCGCACGCGCAGCGGCCCGGUCCUCCCAACUCCGGCCGGCGCGGCCAGCGCGCAGGCGCAGGAGCGCGGUCCUCCGAUCCGGCGGGUUGGCGGGGUGCGCAUGCGCCCAGCAGCCCCCCCUCCCGUCGAGCACGCCGAGGAAUCGCCGAGAAGGAAGGCGGGCGGCCCGGUCCUCCCAACUCCGGCCGGCGCGGCCAGUGCGCACGCGCAGCGGCCCGGUCCUCCCAACUCCGGCCGGCGCGGCCAGCGCGCAGGCGCAGGAGCGCGGUCCUCCGAUCCGGCGGGUUGGCGGGGUGCGCAUGCGCCCAGCAGCCCCCCCUCCCGUCGAGCACGCCGAGGAAUCGCCGAGAAGGAAGGCGGGCGGCCCGGCCGGAUCGAGUGUGUGAGUGAGCCCCGGGCCCCCUUCCCUCCCUCCCGCCCUCCCUACCUCCCUACCAGCCACCGCUUCGCCAUGUCCGAGUUCGACGAGUUCGAGAAGCAGCUGCACGAGAACCGCCAGGAACGUGAUAAAGAAAACCGACACAAGAAAAAAAGUCGAAGCCGUUCCCGGAGCCGUGAUCGGAAGCGGCGUAGUCGGAGUAGGGAUCGAGGCAACCGGGAUAGGCGGAGUGGCUCACGGGAUCGCCGGCGUCGGAGCCGAUCUCCACGGCGUGUGCAGAAGAAGAAACCCUACAAGUACUGGGAUGUCCCACCACCUGGUUUUGAACACAUCACGCCCAUGCAGUACAAAGCGAUGCAAGCGGCAGGUCAGAUUCCAGCAACAGCGCUGCUUCCCACAGUCACCCCCGAUGGGCUCGCCGUCACCCCAACACAGGUACCCGUCGUCGGCAGUCAAAUGACCAGACAGGCCAGGCGGCUCUACGUGGGAAACAUCCCAUUCGGAGUAACUGAGGAGGCGAUGGCAGACUUCUUCAAUGCACAGAUGCGUUUGGCUGCCCUUUCCCAAGCAGCGGGCAAUCCUGUACUGGCCGUGCAGAUCAACCAGGAUAAAAACUUCGCCUUCCUCGAGUUCCGAUCAGUAGAUGAAACCACACAGGCGAUGGCUUUCGAUGGGAUCAUAUUUCAAGGGCAGUCACUGAAAAUACGUCGUCCACAUGACUACCAGCCGCUUCCAGGGAUGUCUGAAAAUCCCUCUGUCUAUGUACCAGGUGUGGUGUCCACUGUCGUCCCCGACUCCCCCCACAAGCUCUUCAUCGGUGGCUUGCCGAACUACCUUAAUGAUGACCAGGUUAAAGAGCUGCUGACGUCGUUUGGACCGCUCAAGGCCUUUAACCUUGUAAAGGACAGUGCCACUGGCCUCUCCAAAGGCUAUGCCUUCUGCGAAUAUGUGGACAUUAACGUCACAGAUCAGGCUAUCGCAGGGCUUAACGGUAUGCAGCUUGGAGAUAAGAAGCUCAUCGUCCAGCGGGCCAGUGUCGGGGCGAAGAACGCCACGCCGAACACAAUAAACCAGACUCCAGUCACCCUCCAAGUGCCGGGGCUGGUGUCGACGCAGGUACAGAUGGCGGGCAUGCCCACCGAGGUCCUGUGUCUCAUGAACAUGAUCACGCCCGAGGAGCUCAUUGACGAUGAGGAGUACGAGGAGAUCGUGGAGGAUGUCCGCGAGGAGUGCAGCAAGUAUGGUGUGGUCAAGUCUAUCGAGAUCCCCCGGCCCAUUGAUGGCCUCGAGGUGCCAGGCUGUGGCAAGAUCUUCGUGGAGUUUGUCUCGAUCCUGGACUGCCAGAAAGCCAUGCAGGGCCUGGCUGGCCGCAAGUUCGCCAACAGAGUGGUGGUGACCAAAUACUGCGAGCCCGAUUGCUACCAUCGCCGCGAUUUUUGGUAGAUCCCUGACCUCUCCCCUCCGUUACUGGCUCGAGUCACAGUCUGUCAUUUUUGUAAGGAUCUCCAUCCUGCUUCUGUUAAUACACCCCCCAUGAUUGUCUCCCUCUCCACCCCCCCUUCUCUCUCUCCAUCUAUUUUGUAAGCCAUUUUGUGGGGGUAGAGGAGGGUGGGGGGAUCUUCUGUGUGUAGCAGGCAGCUGAGGUUCUCCCAGUGCCCCCCCCCCCCCCAACUGUCUGUGAUUCGUUCCAGGUCGGGAAAUGGGAAGGAAAGGAGGGAGCUGAGGGGUAGAAACCCAGAGGCAAAGCUGGGGAUGUGGAGGAGUUUGUGGUUGGCAGCAGUUCUGAGAUUGAGGUGUUAGCUUUUCUUCACCCCUCUCUCCUCCCCCAGAGAGACAUGUUCCUCCCCACAAUAACCUGUACACCCUCAGCUGGCAAGGGGUCGUGGGAGAAUGAGAAGAGGCGGGGU